AUGAAGAUCAAUAAAGCUUGCGAUCUCUCCUCCAUCUCUGUCUUUCCUCCUCCUCUUGUUCAUUCAAGGAAGGCGAACAACGUAUCGAGUGGAUUGCAAGUUUCUCACUCUCAGCAUCGCUCGCAACCAUCACAGCAAUCGUUUUCUCAGGGACUUUCGUCCCAGCACGGGUUGCUGUCUCAUUUCUCUCAAAACUCUCUCGACGAGGCCGUCACAACUAAUGAUCCGGAGGUGGAAAUAAUUGCGCUUAUUGCUCGAAGAGUUGGUUCUCAAGAACAAGAGAACUCUUUGAGGAGGCUUUCUAGCUUGCCCCGACUUACAUAUUCACGGGAAGAGAGUCAACCGCCUAACUCGAGAUCUUCGUCCAAUCUAAUGCUCAAAUGGAAUUCUGCAGAUCAUAAAACAGGUCAGUUAAAUGAAGGACUUGAACAACGAAUUGGCAUAAUGGAAACUUCAUUGAGCAGGUUCGCAAUGAUCUUGGAUUCUGUUCAAAGUGACGUUAUGCAAUUUGCUCAGUCUGGACCUUUAUCAGAUAAUGAAAUGGAAUGCAUAAGGCAGAAGUUGAUUGCUCAGGAUAACUCAUUUCAGUUAAUGACUAAAGGACAAGAAGAAUUUAAAGCAAUCGUUGACGGGAACUUGAAAUCUUUGUCUGAACAAAUGAGCCAUGUUUCAAAGAAAGAGAAGUUACAGGAUGUAUAUAUAGCGGUUUCUGCCUUGCCUCAGCUAAUUGAAGCCUCCCUGCAAAAUGUACAAAAUGAUCUCUGUAACAUCACCAAGGAAAUGCAGGCACGAAAUUUCUUGCAAUCUCAAAAGCGUCAACCAAAAGAAUCUGGCGCCGCCUUCUUUGUCCUCAAAGUGACCAAGGACCGAGGUAUUUUUCUUGACUUCAGUGAGGCGAAGACGAGUGUACAAGCUGCUGUACCUCCAAAGGUAGAAAGGGGCGGCUGCAAGCCAGUAAAAAGGGAAAGAGUCACUUUUUUAGAUAGAACAUCUAUGAAGUUGCCAAAGAAAAAAGAACCAGAAACUAAGAAGUGUAUAAAUGGAGGUAGAGACUGUGCUAUUGUCAUUGAAUCUGACGAGGAGACUGAACUUGGUUUUUCGUGCAUGAUCAAAGAAAACUCAGGAGAACACCUAUUUGGUAAAUUGUCCAAGGAAGAAGAGGAAGAAACUGAACGAAUUUUGCGGAAAGCAAGGAGGCGUAAGAGGAAGAAUGAGAAGUAUGGGACCAGGCCAGACGAGUUUCACCUUAGCCUCGUAUUUACAAUGGUAAGGAAGGUAGGUUUUGACUAA